AUGUUCUCACCAAGAGGCAUCACAUCCAUGCUUGCCAAGACAUCCGGCGACGUCGUCAUUAUAUCCUCAUGUCGUACACCAAUAUGUCGUGCAAAUCGAGGAUCUCUUAAAGACGCAUUCCCUGAAGAGCUUCUUCCCUCCGUGUUCAAAGCAAUCAUCGACAGAGUACCCAAUCUCGACCCGUCUAUCAUAGAGGAUGUCGCGGUCGGUGUAGUACUUUCUGAGCUAGGAGGCUCUAAAGCUGCGCGUAUGGCUAUAAAUCAUGCAAUCUCAUCCAUCGCUUCCCAGAUUCGAACAGGGGUGAUCUCAGUGGGGGUUGGCGCGGGAAUGGAAAGCAUGACAAGGAACUAUGGGAGUCGAGCUAUACCCGUUGACCUCUGGCCAGGUCUGAGAGAAUCUCCUGUUAAAGAUGCCUUGGACUGCAUUCUUCUUAUGGGCAUCACCUCCGAGAACGUUGCAGACCGAUACGGCAUCUCACGAGACGAUCAAGAUGUUUUUGCAGUCAACAGUCACUUAAAGGCGGCAGAAGCACAGGCAUUUGGACUUUUCUCGGAUGAGAUUGUCCCCUUUAUGCAGAAGGAUCCUGACGGACCAGGAGAUAUCGUCGUCGAUACAGAUGAUGGCAUCCGACCUCAAGCGAGCUUGGAAAACUUAGCAAAGUUGAAGCCGGCCUUUAAAGAAAACGGUACCUCCACCGCUGGUAAUUCCCCUCAAGUCUCAGACGGCGCUGCCGCAUCGCUUCUUAUGAGACGCAGUACUGCAAAUGAACUUGAAUUGAGUAGUAAUAUCAUGGGCAAGUUUGUUUCUGCAGUCACAGUAAGCUGUCCACCGGACGAGAUGGGAGUCGGACCGGCAAUUGCGAUCCCCAAGUUGCUUGAUAGCACUGGUUUCACAAAGGAUGAUAUUCACAGAUGGGAGAUCAAUGAGGCUUUCGCGAGCCAGGCAAUCUAUUGCUUGAGAAAACUAGAUCUCGAAAAGGCAUACCAGGAUAAUAAGGUCAACCCGAACGGAGGUGCCAUUGCUCUGGGGCAUCCGUUGGGUGCUACUGGUGCAAGGCUGACCAGCACGUUACUACACGGCUUGGGACGUCCCAAUGGUGGUGAGCUGGGGGUUGUGAGUAUGUGUGUUGGAACUGGUAUGGGUAUGGCAGGAUUGUUUGUACGAGAAUGA